UUUCGUACAAAAAAAUUGCAAUGUAAAAAAAUCCAUAUUCAUAAAAAGAUAUAAACAGUUUAAAAAAAUUCUUGUCUAUGUUUUUACUUUUUGACAAAUGCUACAUUGGAAAAAAUAAAAGAUAAAGCAAUGUCAACGCUACCAGAAGAACCAUUUCAAAUUCAAUACCAAUGUUAUGGUAUUGGAUAUUUAAAGUAUGAAAGUAAAAAAAACGAUCCUUUGUUUCAAUGUUUCGGUUUUAAAAAAAUUAUUAAGGAGAAACAAGACGUAAGCCAAUUAAAAGAAUUGGAAACGGGAAUCGAGAAAUACAUGAUUUUUAAUUCUUCUCCAAAAAAAAAUAUGCAUUCUUUUACAGAAUUACCUUUUUCCUCAAAACGUCGUGAUAUAUGUUUAGGAUGCUUAUACUUCUCCCCUAAAGCUGUAUACCAGCCUGAAUGUCUGGGUUGCCAUUUGAUUCUUUUACAAGAAAAAAUACAGAAAUGCGCUUUGAAUGAUUCUUAUAAAAGUUUUAAUGAAUCUCCAUCUUUGGAAUUCGCCAAAAAACAAAAGAAAAAGGAUACAUUUUUUCUUUAUUCGUUUUUGAAUAAAUUUCGUUAUCGAACGCAGGAAUUACUCCUACGUACAAAAUCUUUAAUCGAAUUACACGUUUUAAAUGAUUUUCACAAUUUUCCACGUUGUUUCCAUCAGCGUAUUCAAUUCCUUCCUUUGCGUUCUUUUGAGAUUUUAAAAAAAUGUGUUAAUACCCACAAAAAAGAAAAAAAAUUAAAAAGUUAACAAAAUAAUUUUUUCACUUUGAUAGAAUUUUUUUUAAUUUUUUUUGAAGGGAAAAUAAAGUGUUUUAGGAAUAAAUUCUAUUCCUU